AUGCCUAAAUACCAGUCAUCGUGUUCCAUCGCGCAGGCGUCGUCUCAGCUUGAGGCGGGGGAAAUGGUUGGGGGGGGAAUGGUUGGGGAGGAAAAGCACUUGCCUCCAGGUCAGACUGAGAUGCCCGAUCGUGAUGUCCAUAUUCAGAAACUCGGAGAUGCGGGAGCCCAGGACGAAACGAGACAUCUCGCCGGCCUCAAAUUAUUCUUCGCCAUGACAAGCAUUACCCUCCUGAUACUCCUUACAAUGCUAGACAUUUCCAUCAUUGGCACCGCUGUUCCGCAAAUAACGAGUGAUUUUCACAGCUUAGAAGACAUCAGCUGGUACAGCGGUGCCUAUCAGCUAGCGAGUGCAACAGUUCAGCCUCUCACAGGCAAGAUUUACACAUAUUUCAGCAUCAAGGUUCAUAUUUUCUGGAACUCGUAUAAAGUGAAUCUCUGGGCUAACACAGCUCAGUGGACACUACUUGCUUUUGUCCUGAUAUUCGAAAUAGGUUCCGCAAUCUGUGGAGCAGCUCAAUCCUCUCCAAUGCUCAUUAUUGGUCGUGCUGUAGCCGGGCUUGGAUGUUCCGGUCUAAUGAAUGGAUGCCUCACGCUCAUAUUUGGAGCCAUAACCCCGGAGAAACGAACGUUCUACACUAGUAUUGCUAUGGGAGUUGGCCAGAUAGGCAUUGUCUUCGGUCCAUUCCUUGGGGGCAUUUUCACUGAACAUGCUAGCUGGCGUUGGUGUUUCUACAUUAACCUUCCGUUAGGCGGACUUGCUGCCUUGUUGAUCCUGGUCAUAGCGAUUCCUGAUCAGAUCCAGAAAGAGACUGUGAGUUUGUCUCUGCUUGCUAAACUACUUCCCGACUUUGACCUAUUCGGCUUCGCACUGCUCGCUCCUGCUUCAUUGAUGCUUCUCUUGGCGCUGCAGUUCGGUGCAAGUGACUACAGCUGGAACUCUGCAACAGUCAUCGGCCUGUUUUGCGGAUCCGCGUUAUCAACUGGGCUCUUCAUUGCUUGGGAGAGGCGGGUUGGUGAAAAGGCAAUGAUUCCUCUUCGUAUCCUAUCUCAGACAACGAUAUGGACCAGUUGUCUUCAUUAUGCCUUUCUGAUUGCUGUUACGACCGGAGGGGGUUACUUCUUGCCAAUUUACCUCCAGUCGGUUAAAGGGCUGUCGCCUACUAUGAGUGCGGUCUACAUGCUUCCAACAAUCCUGCUCUCGGUGGUUUAUGUCAUCCUUUCCGGGGCCUUGAUGCCAAGAUUUGGGUAUUACGUUCCCUGGGCAGCGCUGGCAUCUGGUGGAACAGCUAUUGGCUGCGGUCUUAUCUCUACCUGGACCCCGAAUAGCACACUCGGACAUCUGAUCGGCUACCAAAUUAUCUUUGCUCUCCGUGGAUUAGGAAUGCAGAUGUCCACAGUAGCUAUUCCGAACGCUCUCCCCCCUUCGGAAAUUGCCAUCGGUAACUCGAUGCUUGUCUUCAGCCAAAGCCUUUUUGGGGCUAUUUUGGUCACUGCCGCGAACACAGUCUUUCAAGAAAUCCUCAAGACUAACAUCAAGAAUGAGACCCCAUCUAUUGACCCUAUUGCUGCCAUUGCUGCCGGUGGAAGCGCUGAGGCGGUCAGAUCUCUUGCUCCAUCUGGUGGCGAUCUCCUCAGAGCUGUUCUCAAUGUAUACUCUAAAAGCGUGGGGUAUGUCUAUUAUCUACUAAUCGGUGCAUGUGUCGUCUCGCUGGUCGCCUCUUUCGGUAUGGGCUGGGUAGAUGUUAGGAAGAAAAAGCUCACUGGCACAGUUCCCAAGUAG